AGUUGCGGUGCCGGCGGUGCGGCGGCGGCGAUGUGCGCGGCGGGGAGGCGCUGGGGCCGGCGGCAGCGAGUGCUGCUGUGGGGCGUCCUGCUGGCGGCCUGGGAGGCGGCGUGGGGGCAGCUGCGCUACUCGGUGCCCGAGGAGAUGCCCAAGGGCUCGUUCGUGGGCGACGUGGCCAAGGACCUGGGGCUGCAGAUGCCAGCGCUCCCAGACAGCGGUGUCCGCAUUGUCACCGAAGGUACGAGGCAGCAUUUUGCUUUGCACGGGAAGACGGGACAUUUAGUGACGGCCGAGAGGAUCGACAGAGAGCAGCUGUGCCGGCUGGUGGAGCAAUGCGUGCUGCGCUGUGAGCUGAUAGUGGAGGGGGAAAUGAAGGUUUACCCAAUUGAAGUGGAAAUCACAGACAUUAACGACAACGCCCCCAGCUUCCGAGAGGCAGAAAAAGACCUGAGACUGAGCGAAACGACAGCCCCGGGGUCGCGGUUUGCCCUGGCAGAGGCGCAUGACCCGGACUUGGGACAGAAUUCCCUGCAGAGCUACGAGCUGAGCGGCGACGAGCACUUCUCGCUGGCCGUGCAGACGGGCCCCGGCGGGGAUCAGCGUCCCGAGCUGGUGCUGGCGAAGGCGCUGGACCGGGAGGAGGCGGCGUUCCACGAGCUGGUGCUGAGGGCGAGUGACGGCGGCGACCCGUCCCGGACGGGCACGGCGCGGAUCCGCGUGACGGUGCUGGACGCGAACGACAACGCGCCCGUGUUCAGCCAGGCGGAGUACACGGUGCGUGUGGCGGAGGACGUGCCCGUGGGCUCCGUCCUCAUCACCGUGACGGCCACCGACGCCGACGAGGGGCCGAACGGGCAUGUGAAAUAUAGUUUCCAUAAAAUUUCAGAUCGGGCUUCGGAACUUCUCCAUCUGGACUCUGAAACAGGAGAAGUAACUGUCAAGUACGACUUGGAUUUCGAGGAAUUCUCCUCCUGUGAAAUGGAGGUGCAGGCACGGGAUGGUGGAGAGCUCUCGGACACGGCAAAAGUCGUGAUCACUGUGACAGACGUCAAUGACAACGUGCCUAAGAUUUCCGUGCGGUCGGCUCUGAACGAGAUCUCGGAGGACGCCCCACCAGGGACGGUGGUGGCCCUGCUGCACGUGCAGGACCGAGACUCGGGGGCCAACGGUGAUGUGCGCUGCUCCCUCGACGGGGGCGUCCCGUUCCACCUGGAGAAGUCCUUGGAAGGCUACUACCGCGUGGUGACAGCGAGAGAGCUGGACCGGGAGCAGGA